CGCAUUUCGACACGAUCGCUAGUGUGUGCUUCGACGGACCGGCUAGAGACAUGGAAACCGGCUGAACCGGUAACCCUUCGGCGUUGCUUGGACACAGAGCUUGGCGACACGCAGUGGUUUAUCGACUACAUUUGCCGAGAGUUGGCUUGUGCCGUCUGCUUUUAUGGACUCGUCGCAGCGGUGACGUUGCCGUGCGGGUCGCUCGGAGAGGAUUAUUGGCGAGCCCUUUGCUUAUUUGUAUGCUUCUUCGGGCGAAACCUUGUGGCCUCAGACUCCAGUUGUCCGCAAUCGGGUGCCCUAAGAAUUUCAGGGGGUGAUUUGAGAUCUGGCGUAUUAGGUUCGAUCUCGGUUAGCUCCGAGGUUGCUGCAAUUUGCAACUAUGGAGGCGUUCAGACGUUGCAAUGGCGUUUUGUUCUUGAACCUGUUGCCUCUGCUGGUCGUGGGGCUAAUUGCUGUGUCGGCCUCACAGGCGGAUGAUGCUGUAAUCUUUGUUGACAGCAGUAUCAGGCCAGUGCACUUAAGGACAACUCCUCCUAUCGAAAAAGAGGCGUUUUCAUUUAACGAUGUUGCGACGUCAUUGGCAGUCCUUCUUGGAGUAGUCCCAAAAGCUGUUGAUGAAAAAGUUGCCUCCAAGAUUGAUUCUGUGGUGACACCUAAUCCAUUUCAUCGACCACGAGCUGUUCUUUCAGUGAACAUUGGUGGAGUUGACUUUGAUGCAAUCAGUAACGAAGGAACAUUGGGCCUUCUUGGUCUCGAAUCGUACCAGCUUCGUCCUUUGAUUGCAGAAGACGCGCACUUCCGACAAACGAUUGGCGAUGAUGUGAAUGUAGAGGUAUUGACAAACUUGGAUACUGCUAAUAUACACACUGAAGUAUCCGAACAAGACUUGGAGUUUGUGUUUAUGAGCGCAUCCUACGACUUGAACGAGGACUCUAAAACAGUGGCUACCAUAUCAUGGGAUAUAAGCAGCAGCGAAUCCUUCUCCCUAGAUAUGUCUAAGAGUGCCGACCGACUUUUCUUCAAAGAGUUGAUGGGCUUAUUCAGAAAUAUGAAGCGAGCAGUCUCUUCACACCAAGUUGUAGACCUUGAACGACCAGCAGAUUUAUUUUCUGGAACUUUUAAUGGGAUUGAAGAGUUGCGAAAGCAAUAUGGAAGUGGACACCAGACUCAACUUGCUUCUAAAUUUGUGCUUCAUGCUAUGAACCAAGCUUUACAGUUUUUGCAGGAAAACUACAAUGAUAAACUUGUGGGAGUUUUCACCUUUACGAAGAGCGCCAAUAAUUUUGAGAUCACCACUACCGAAAGGCGUUCUCGGUUUCUGCAAGCUUUAGCCCCAACCUCAGGAAAUGAGACCUCUCCUGAAGACAUGAGCUUGCGUCUCGGAAACCAGGCUGUUGUUUUCUUUACUGUGAUCAUUUUGCUUGUGGCUCUCCUCCUCUCGACCUGCUGCAUGUUUACGAUGCCCUUGACGAGGGACUCGCUGCUCUACUCUGGAUUGAAAUCGGAUUAGAUAUAAGUUUCUCUUUUAGUAUCACUACAUGAGCUCAAGAAAAGUUUUCUCCUCCCAAGUUGACGUAGCUACUAGUGUAUUUCCAAGUUUGGAGUUGUGUGCUUCGGUGGGAAAGGGCAUUGAAGCAUCACUCUAGAAAUCAUUGUUCCUUCUUGGGCAGGAUUUUGUAAUUGGAUUCAAUCCUGCACUAUUAAAUAUUUAAUUGUACAUUGAUGUGCAUCUUGUGAUCA